UCUCAUUAGUGCGCAUCGACUAAUCGCUUAAAUUACGUUUGUGUGCUCCACAUACCUGGUGCGUGACACUAAUAGGGUGCAUGUUGGGUUUGCGAGGAUUCAGUGGCUAGUGGAAGGCAAAUGCACUCGUUUUGUGUCGUUGCAGUGCGGUGCAAGUGCGUCUGUGGUCCCUAGUCUAGACGGCUCCCUUGACUCUUAUUACUUAAUCGUUAGCUGCAGCUGCUAUCGUUUUACGCUGUUUAUACAUUGAACUGCGUCCCUUAAACACUCCGUUUUAAGUCCAUAAUUAAGGAAAAAAGUAUUCGACGAUCUUCGUUGUCCGUGCAGUAGCUGUUAGAUCCGGUGCCGGUAUCUCGCACUCACAUACUUCAAGAUGCCAUGUAGAACUUGUGGUAAAGAUUGCAAGUGCUUGCGGAUGAUGAGUAAGCGGAGCUGUGGAUGCCGUCCAUGUGAUUCCGAUUGCACGUGUAGCUGCAACACUAGCUCGAGCAACCGGACGAUGCCCGAGGAAAAGGUAAUGAAGGACGGUUGCGCACCACGAUCCCCGGCAGCGGACGGUAGCGCCGGAUGCUGUUGUUCGAAUAACAGCGGUGGAGGACCAUCGCCCUGUGCCAUCAAUGGAUUUCGUCAGUUCGCAUUCGUCAUUCAACGGCGUCACCUGGUCCUUUCGAUAUUCUCGCCGUCGUGCCUGUUGGCCUGGUGUGCCCUAAUGACGCGAACCCGAAACAAGAUUGCGCUGGUAGGCGUUGUUGGAGUUUUGCUCUGUUUGAUUUUCUAUCUAGUGAUCUAUGAACAGUGUUUUAAGCCCACCGUAAGCAGCUAUCAGAUCUUGGAUGAUCACAACCGGGCGAGGUCUCGCUAUUUGGAGGAACACGACAACGAAGUUAGUCGUCCACGGUACAUCCUGCUCUACACUAGCUUUUUCGAGGAGGCUCAUUGGGGCUUGCCGUCCGCCACGGUCGGUCCCGAUUACUUUAAGGCUAAACGGUGCUCGGCCACCAACUGUGUUCUGACGUCCGAUCACGGGCUGGUGAAGCCGAUAACGGAGUACGAUGCGCUAGUCUACCACGUCGCCUCACCCUGGAAUCAUCCACCGUCGAUACGGGAGGCACGGCAGAUUUACAUCGCAGCUAUCCAGGAGUCACCGGCGCACACCAAGCAUAGGCUGAGCCUGGAUGCGAAUUUCUUCAACUGGACCAUGACAUACCGGCUGGAUUCGGACAUACUAUUCAACUACCGCAGCAUAGUGGACCUGGAGAGUGGUGAGGUGGUGAGCCCAGCCCUCAAACCGAUCUGGCGCUAUGGUUUCAAUGAGUAUGAGAACGCGUCUUUAAUCGAACUGGUCAGCCAGAAGCGUUCAAUGGCUGCUCAGUUUGUUUCGCACUGCGGUGCUAUUUCGAAGCGGGAUGAGUUGGUACGAUCGCUGCAAUCCGCUGGCCUAGCAAUUGAUGUGUAUGGUGCAUGUGGCAAACACAAGUGCUCCCGUAACAAUCCGGAGUGCGAAAAGAUGCUGGAUACGGUUUACUGGUUUUACCUUUCGUUUGAAAAUUCGCUGUGCGUCGACUAUGUCACCGAGAAGCUGUUCAACGCACUCGAGCACUACAUUGUACCGGUCGUUUACGGCGGUGCCGACUACUUGCGCUUUGCGCCACCCGGCUCUUACAUCGAUGUGCAGGAUUAUGCCUCCGUAUCAGAUCUAGUCGCCCAUCUGCUCUUCCUGGUCGACAAUCCACAAGAGUACGUCAAAUAUUUCUGGUGGAAGGAGCACUAUGCGCUCGAUCACUUCUCCUCACCGUACUGUGGGCUGUGCGAGAAGCUGCACAGCGUCAGCACGAGGGAAGCGGUACAGUACUAUCGCGAUAUUCAUUCCUGGUGGUACGACGAUGUCUGCACGGCCGAAUCGAAGCUCCAGUUUUGAGAUUGUUUUACCAAUCGGUCAUAGCUGGUAAUUCUCUUAACUAGGCUAGAUCAAUCUCCCGUUUCUUAUAUACAUGCUUAACGCGUGUUUUUUUAGCGCUCAGCGCGUAUACUUCACUGGGGUUAGUGAGUUAAAAAGUAGCAGUAAAGAAAAUGAAGAAGAGUACAUCGAAAAGCGAAUGAAUAUGCCAUUUUCCGUCCUAAACGAACUAUUGUGGACCUUGCUCAGGGUGUUAGCCAGUGAAUAGUGAAGUAGAUUACAACAAUCGAAAUCGUGUAAGGAAACCAUAGGAAUGUCACUUGUAUUUUUUUACG